AAGAGGUUCAAACCCAUCAGUUCCUUCGAGCUACCUGAUCCAGCAUGGUCAACUACCUAACCCGGCUCCGCUCGGCAUACGCCCGCUUCGUUGACAUCCGCAACGCCGACGACAUCUUCAGCCACUACGUCUGGGUUCACGGCAACACGUCCGGAAUCGGACUGCACGCGCCCGGUCAACGCUGGAAGCAAACCCUCUUCCGGAUCAUUUCGUUCGUGUUUGCCCUGCAGCAGCUGGUCCUGGUUCGGGAUGUGGCCCACGCCAUGAGCGGCACCGACGAUCUGACGAUCCGGAUCGGCAUGUGCCUGAUCUACAGUACGCUGUCGAUGCUGCAGCUGGUUUGCAUGGACGUCCGGUACGACCUGUUCCUCCGCGUGAAGGACUACUUCAACGGAAGACGCGAUCGUUGCUGUGGAGGACGGGACGCGGAUCAAACCAGAGCGGAGUUCUUCAGACAAUCCCGCCGGAACCUGCUGGUGGCGGAGAUUCCCGUAACUAUCAUGUCGCUGAUUUGGGCCUUCUUUGCGCGGGAAGAAUACUUCCACUUGGUUCUGAACGUUUCCGAAGAACACCAGUGGAUCAUCGACGUAAUCGAUCAGUUCUACGGACUCCCGCUGGUGUACUGGAACAACUCGUCCUGGAUCAUCUCGCUGAGCAUGCUGUCCAUGCUACGAAACGCCGUUCACGAGCUGAGCUUGAUCGCUGAAUCGUUCGCCACGGUCUUCGCCCGAGCUUCACGACAAGUCCAACACAUCGUCGAUCCGACCGCCAAAGAAACCCAAUUCUGGACCACCUUCGACCAACUCUUCCGCGAGUCCCUCAGAGACUACGAAGAGUUCCUCGCCAUGAUCAUCACGCUGCGCAAGCUCAUGUCGCUCUUCUUUCUGCUCAAAGUCCUAACCGUCGAAAGCCUGCUGGCGGUGACCUGCUUCACGACCUUCAACAUUACGUUCCAGGUGUUUACGGCGCUAGCGUACGCGAUCGUCUUCACCAUCGAGUGUUUCCUGCUGUGCAAAUUGGUGGAGCAGCUCAACGACCAGAAGGAGUCGAUCGGCGAAAACCUGUACCACUGGCAGUGGCCGGACUGGUUGGGUCACACGCCGGAACGGGCCAGCCGGAUGCGGCAGAUGAAGAUCACCACGAUGAUCACCGCCGAGCACUGUCAGAAGACGUUCCGGUUCAGGUGCGGGGACAUGCUGGACGUUUCGAUGGAGAUGUUCCAGAUGGUGCUGAACACGUGCUACACGCUGCUGACGUUCCUGCAGGCUACGAACUAGAGUGGAGCGAAAUUUUGAAAAUACGUUUUGAAACUUAGUAGAUGUUCCUUGUUGAACUGCACGUUCAAAUGAAGAUGUAGAUUGCACUGCGUUACUUUUUUUUGAAUAAAUAUCGAGAUUAACUCAAAA